AUGCCAGCACUUACGGAUCAAUAUGAUGCCGAGAUAGAGUCAGCACCCAUCAUAGAAUAUGAUCCUUAUAAUUUGGACAUGAAUGCUGCCAACAAUGACGAAAACAAGAAAGAGCUGCUGAAAGAUUAUCGAGCUUUGUAUACGAAUCCCAAUUUACUAUACGAAAACUUGAGGAACUUUCACAAACUACGAACCGAAUUUCCAUCAAAGUAUAGGGAAUGGUAUGAACACAAGGACCCCAACUUAAUUGGCUACGUCAAAUUACCAAAGUAUAUGAGUGUUUCAUGUCGAGAACUUUUUGUACACUUGCAAAAAACUCUACAAAAUUUGGAAAUCUCCAAGAUUAACAAGAGCGGUCGUCAACAUUUCACAUCCGCAGAUAAUAUAGUUUACUACUUAUCGGCCCUUUUGUCCAUCGCUGUGCCACAAAUCAUAACUUUGCUCAAUGAUGUAUCGCCUAGAAGGCUAAUACACUCAAAGUUGGUAGACUAUGGAUUAUUCACAGUAAAAAAAGUCGCUUCCUGA